AUCCUUUUCUUGGUUAUAUCUUGGCAACAUUAUAGCUGUAAACAAGUACCAUAUUUUGAUACCGCCAGCCGUCUAAUUGUUAUACAAUUCAAUUCCUCCUGUCCAGAUGCUGGCGCCGUAGUGUUACCAUCGAUUCCAGGAAAACAACACCACGCGACGACUAAUUCUUCGUACCAAAGGCACAGCAUGGCCAGUACCACAGUCAGAGACUUUCAGUCGCCAGAUCGAGUGGCUUUCCAGGACCAAGGACCAGUGGGUCGGAAUUCCAUUGCCUCUCCUCGAAGUCCAGAAAACGCAACCGGUCGUCCGAGAUUUGGCAGUGUCACCUCAGGCACGUCAUAUUUUUCAAACGACAACACAUCUCGUCAAAGACGUCUAUCUCGGUCCAACACUGUUAAAACCUACCAUGAGCCAAGUCGUCCGAAUUGGCAGCCGGGUGCCGAACCUGGUAUUGAUACCGAUGCUGAGAGGGUGAGCCCGCACUUGGAGGCUCUUCGCGCGCGAUGCGAUAUUCUUGUUGCAGAUUUUAGCGCCGAGCACAUGGAGUCAGUUCAGACCGACAAUGCUUCGCUGGAAGAAGUCCUGUCGGAAAAACGACCUCCUCAUCUACCUUGCCGCUGGAUUUCGGUAAACGGAUUGAGUUGGGACGUCAUCAAGAUCCUCGGUCAGCAUUAUGGACUGCAUAGAUUGGCCAUUGAGGACCUGAUCAACACGCGUACUCGUACGAAAUGUGAUUGGUAUUCUGAUCAUGCGUUCGUGGUCUUGACGUUGCAGAAGCUUGUCCGGAUACACUCGCAUUCAGAUUCGGACGAUUGCGACUGUUCUGACGACGAAGAACCAAUACGCUAUGAUGAGAUUGAGGAAGGGCAUGAACAUCAUCCCGAGCGAGAACGCGUCCCAUUUUGGAAGAAGCCUUUCAAGAAGUCAAAAAGAAGAGAAUCUACAUUGCCGCGCUACCGCGACACCGAAGGACUGGACAAAACGGGAGACGCAAUCCGGGCACACAGUUCAACAGCAGAAGGCGCACCACUGCAGAACAUCAGAACGCUCCAUCGAUACGAAAGUAUGCAAAAUCCAGAGCACACGCUGUUCAUGGAAAAGCACUCGGCACUCUUCGAGGAAAAUCUAGUCGUAAGCGUUGAGCAGGUGGCUAUCUUCCUGAUGUCAGACAACACAGUCAUCUCCUUCUUCGAACACUCCGGCGCCGACGUCGAAGAACCAAUAUUGGAGCGUCUGAAGAGUCCUGCCACAAUGCUGCGUCGUAGCGCGGACUCAUCAUUGGUGCUACAGGCCAUCAUCGAUGCCAUUGUCGACUUGGCAAUACCCGUGAAAGAAGCUUACAACAAGGCGCGAAAGGACCUGCAAAUCGACGUCCUGACCAACCCAUCUAUGAGCACUUCCAAAGCCCUCCAUAUUUUCACUGAAGAAAUCGACAUGCUGCAGAAUCUCUUCAAGCCAAUCAUUAAUCUGGUGAAUUCGCUUCGAGACCACAAAUCAGAGCCAUUUCCUGGAGCGCCACUGCCUCCAGAGCCUUCGUCACGGAAAGUGGGAGAUCAUCGGCGACCACAACCGAAAAGGUUCUUCACACAAACGCCCACCACUGUCGUCAUGAGUCCUUUGGCUCAUGUGUAUCUGGGAGAUGUGCUUGAUCAUUGUAUCACUAUCAUUCAAUCGCUUGAGCAGAUGGAUGCAUCGGCUAACAACUUGUCUUCUUUGAUGUUCAACACCAUCGGUGCACGCACAAACACAACAAUGUCCAUCAUCGCCCUCGUAACAGUCUUCUUCGCACCUCUGACCUUCCUCUGCGGUUACUUCGGUAUGAACUUCGAAGACUUCCCCGGUAUCAAGAAUUCAGACGUUUACUUCUGGAUCAUCGCCGUUCCAACCACAUUCGUGUUUAUGGUCAUGAUUGGAGGCGGUGUGGGCUACAGGACCGUCAAGACUUGGGCAGCGAGAUUCCAUCUUGCCAAGGCGAGGAGAGGGAGGAAACAGAGGCAGGCUAAACUCAGGGCUAGACAGAGGCAGAGAAGGAUGGCCGUGUCUUGAGACAGAGUAUUGAGAUGUAAGAGUCGUCAUGUGUAAGAAAACAAUGUAAUCAUCACGUCAAACAAUCUUCUCCGGGC